GCAGGCACACGUUCCGCCAAUCAAGCAGUAAUCUGUGGAAGCAAAUAAUACCGGACGAUGAAUUGAUUGUUAUCCAUUCCAAGCUCCAAGAUUUACUCUAAACUCAACGCCAAUCCAAGGCAAGCAACCGCGCACAGAUCGCUCUUCCUCCGAUGGGGAAGAGAUCAAGAGAGCGAUUAUCAGGCAUGUCGAUGGCGACGACCGCCGGAGCGGAGGCGAGCUGCCCGUGGCCGCCGGAGGCCGACCCGGGCCCGAGCAAGCUCAUCACCCUCAGGGUGAAGGACAGCGAAGGCGUCAGGAUCACCCGCACCAUGCGCAGGACCGACGCGCUGCGCGACCUGAUCGGCUUCUACCGCGCCAUGGCGCUGCCGGGCGACAUGGCCUUCGUCGACGCCGGCGGUGUUUUCAUGCACUACGGCACGGUGGUGGCCGGCGACAAGACGCCGGCAGACUACGGCAUGGAGGACAGCGACGAGGUCGCCUUCUUCCCGGACAGAGUUAGCACCGUGCCCAUCACCCUCACCGUGAAGGACGGCAAAGGUCGCCGGGUCACGCGCACCAUGCAUCGGUUCAACGUCCUCAACAUCCUGUUCGGGCUGCACUACGAGAUGCUGCCCCCGGGUGCGCCCAAGGAGGGCUUCUUCGUCUACCAUGGCAGGGAGGUCCACUGCGUGAUGACGCCGGAUUGCUGCAAAAUGGAGGACGGCGACGAGAUCACCUUCGUUCCGAUCAGCAAGCCGAGCGCCUUCGUCACCCUAACCAUGAAGCGCACCGGCACCAACGACGUCGACGACCAUGGCAGCAGCAGCGCCGUCACCCGCACGAUGCGCAGGACCGACGCUCUGCAAGGCCUGGUCGAUUUCUACUUCGACAUGGUGCCCACCGACGAGGAGCACGGCGCCGAAUGGGACGUCGUGUACUGCGGCAAGCAGAUCGACGGCGAGAAGACGCCCGCGGACUACGAGAUGGAGGACGGCGACCAGCUCCGCCUUGUUCCGGCGAGCAAGCGGAGCGCGUUCGUGACCAUCACGUUGGCAGGCGUGGAGAGGGCCACGCAUACGUUCACCAUACGAAGGACUGACAAACUGCAGGGCUUGGUGGAUCUGUGGUCAAGAAUGGCGCCGAGAAGAUACCAACACGGAUUUAUCCUCCUGUUCGACGGCCGUCGUGUCUCCGGCUCGCGAACUCCGGACAAUCUCGAGCUGGAAGACGGGGACACGAUCGACGUUGUAGCCGUGCAAGUCGGAUGAUCUCAAGCUGGAGGAUGGGGUAAGGCUCCGUUUUGUUCAUGGGAUAUCUAUGGAUAGAACUUGUCAAAGUUAUUAUUUUUUUGCAUUAGUGUUUGGUUAAGAAGCAACUUAUUUUACAUCUCAUUAGUGUUUUGAGAUUAGUCUAAUUAGAGACCGAUAAGGUAUGGCCUUUAAGACCAAAGUUUUAUGUCGCAACUUCAUUGUGUUUAUGUUUUAAUCGAAUUAGUGGUUAUAAAAAUAAUGCUGGCUACCUGUGUGAGUUUGCGAGUGGAUCGGAGUGUUUCAACCAUCACUAAUCGAACUC